AUGGCUAAUAAUGGAAAUGGAAUUGGAUCGUCGGUCAGCGGUACUGAUCCAACGGAGCAAAUCAUGGAAAGAGCAGUUACUAGUUUUCUGCGAGCCCUACAAACCAACAUUAAUAACGGAUUGCCUGAACGACGAGAAGAACCAAUUACAAUAAAACAGUUCCAGGACUUGAAACCUACCAUAUUCACUGGCAGUACAAACCCACUAGUGGAAGAAGCUUGGGUCAGGGAUAUGGAGAAAAUUUUUCGUGCACUACCGUGCACGGAAAGGCAGAAGGUGACUUUCGCUACAUUCACCUUCAAAGAUGAUGCACAAGAAUAUUCAGUACGGAAACAAAAGAAGCCAGAAUUUAUACAUCUAAGGCAAGGAACCAUGAUAGUGGCCGAAUACGAAAGCAAGUUUACGCAACUGGCCCGAUUCACGACAUACGUCAUCCCCACCGAAGCUCAAAAUACCAAGAAAUUUGAAGCGAGAUUACAUCCUAAAAUCAAGGAUAGACUGGAGGUUUUGAAACUACCAACCUAUGCGGCGGUGGUAGAUGGAGCUUACAUUGCAGAAAAAGGGAUUAAAGCCUUGCGCUCCGGGAACCAAGCCAGAGGAAGUGGUUUUGGAAAAGAGAUAACAGAAGACCCGGUGUCGUGCCUCCCAAGAGAGUAA